CAAAGAGCAUGAGUUGUGAGGGGAGAGGGAUGCUAAUUACAUGGAGAAGGAGUGAAAGGAGAUUGCCAAGGUUGGGCUUCAACAGUCCCCCUGGAGUGCUGUGCUAAAAGACCAAGAACAUCACUAGUUUUCUGCUGAAGAAGAGAACACAUGCGGUCACCAGCAAUCUGCCUUUGACAUUUCUCAAAGUCACCUUUCUCAUCACUGGCAAGAGAAAAUCUCAUUCAGAGGACAAAUGUGUCCUCCUUGAAUGUCUUCUUUUUGGGGGCAACAGGAGAAAGAAAAUUGAAGACAUAAAGAAGCUUGAUAGUAGAAAGGAAGAGAAGUGAAGGUUACUAUAGAAACAGAAGUAAACUUGGGAGGAAAGGAGAGAGCAGCCAUAGAAAAUAAAAGCUAGAGGUCUUCAGAGGAGAAAACAGAAAGAGAGAAAGGGAAACACUGCUGCGUUGCUGAGGAAACUCCUAAAGAUUUCUGUGUCGCGAAGUCAAACAUGGCUCUGAGCAUGAAGAGAAGGCAACAGACACCCAGUGCAUGACCCUGGAGAAGCAGGAGCUCAGCCUGAUGGAGGUGCUAGCCAUCACGACGACCUUGGCAUAUUUCAUCCAGCUUCCUGGGGCGAGGUGUGAGGAGAACUGUGUCAAUCCUGAACAUUGCCUGCCUACAGACUGGGUACACCUCUGGUAUAUAUGGUUGCUGGUGGUGCUGGGUGUCCUGCUGCUCCUGUGUGGGCUGAGCUCCGUGUGCUUUCGCUGCUGCUGUCUGGGCCACCAGCGGAAUGGUGAGGACCGGGGCCCAUCACCCUGCGAAGUGACGGUCAUCGCCUUUGAUCACGACAGCACUCUGCAGAGCACGCUUACUUCCCUGCAGUCUGUGUUUGGCCCCGCAGCACGAAGGAUCCUGGCUGUGGCUCACUCCCACAGCUCCCCGGGUCAACUGCCCUCUGCUUUGGACACCCUCCCUGGGUACGAAGAAGCUCUUCACAUGAAUCGCUUCACGGUGGCAAGGUGUGGACAGAAGGCACCUGACCUGCCCCCAGUGCCAGAGGAAAAGCAGCUGCCUCCGGCGGAGAAGGGGUCUCUUUGAGUAGCACACUGCAAAUCAAUGAGAACUCUGAUUUCACAAAUGGGUUGGUUCCCUCGGAGUCUGUGGGGGUGCACGGACAAAUGGAACAUGUUCUUUUCUAGCUUCCAGGAUGGCUACGAUGGCAUCUAAGCAUCAUCUGGUAAAAAAGAUAGGUUCUAACUCUUCACAUCCAGCCACAUGUAUAUUCUGAAUGGAAUGCUCUAAUUAAGAACUUUUUUUUGAGAGUUUUUUUUUUU